AUGGUUUUAAAUAAAGAAGAUAAAGAGUAUAUCAAAGAAUUAUUUAACUCUUUAGAUAGUAAAUUAUCAAAACAAGAAAUUACAGAGGGUUUUUUUAAAUUGAAAAUCCCAUCUGGUGAAAAAGAUGUUCAAACAUUCCUUGAACAUGUAGAUGCAAAUCAUGAUGGUCAUGUUGAUUAUGCAGAAUUUGAAAAAUUUACAAAUAAAAAUAUUAAAAAAUUAAAAGAGGUUUUCGAUUCAUUAGAUACAAAUAAAAAUGGUACAUUAGAUUUAUUUGAAAUACAAGAAAGUAUAAAGAAAUUAAAUUUACCAGUAUACAGUGAACAAGAAAUUGUCCGUUUAUUUAACCGUAUUGAUAAAAAUAAAGAUAAUGCUAUUGACUUUAACGAAUGGAGAGAGUUAUUAGUAAUGAUUCCAAAUACUGGUUUACAACAUAUUUUAGCAUUUUGGAAAGAUGCUCAAAUUUUAGACGCCAGUUUUGAUGGUGGUGGUUCAAUUCCACCAAUGGUAGAAACAAAAGAAAAGAAAUCUGCUCUACAAAAUACUCUUACUGUAAGUAACCAUUACUAUUUUUCUUUUCCUUUUUUCAAAUUUAUUAAUAUUUUAAUUUUCGAAUUUUACUAUAGUAUAUGA